AAGGUGACAGCGCAAACACCCAGAGCGGGUGAGGCCGUGACGCAGAGGGAAGAAGGGGUUUCCAGCCGGGCCGUGCGGCCGCAGGAUUUCCCCUUUCUCCCUCCCCAGUCCCCGGCGCCGGGCAGAGCCGGCCAUGGAGUUCUCGGAGCUGAUCAAGACGGCGACGGUGGAGAACGUGCUGCUGUCGUGCGCGGGGCUGCCGGCGGUGAGGGGCACCCUGUGCAUCACCAGCCACCACCUGCUCCUCUCCUCCUGCCCCGGCGGGGACGUGGAGCUCUGGCUGCUCAUCCGCAACGUGGACGCCGUGGAGAAGAGAGUGCAGAAUUUAGGCUGGUACCAACCCCCCCGGACUAACGGCUCCGCCCGGGACACCAGGCUCGCCGGCUCCUCCGGCACCAUCACGCUGCGGUGCAAAGACCUGAAGGUGCUGCAGCUGGAGAUCCCGGGCAUGGAGGAGUGUCUCAACAUCGCCAGCUCCAUCGAGGCCCUCUCCUCGGUGGACUCCGUGAUGAUGAUGUACCCGUUCUUCUACAGACCCCCGAGCCUGAAGCUCGAGGAAGGGUGGCACCAGUUCCCCCUCGAGCAGUACUUCCAGCAGAUCUCCUCGCAGACGAGCCAGUGGCGGCUGAGCACCGUGAACCAGGACUUCAGCACCUGCCCCACGUACCCUCCCGCCGUGAUUGUGCCGGCGGCCGUGGGCGACGAGGCCCUGAGAAAGGCUGCCCGGUUCCGGCAGGGUGGGAGGUUCCCCAUCCUCAGCUACUUCCACCCCAAAAACCGCACCGUGAUGCUCCGCAGCAGCCAACCCCUGACGGGACCCAACCGCAGGCGGUGCCGCGAGGACGAGAUGCUGCUGGGGAUGAUCCUGGACGAGGGGGAGAGGGGCUUCAUCAUCGACACACGCUCGGCCCAGGCAGCAAAGCAGGCUCGGAUGACCGGGGGAGGCACAGAGCCCAAAUCCUCCUACCCACAGUGGAGGAGGCUGCACCGGCCCCUGGAGAGGGGCCGCCCGCUGCAGGAGAGCUUCGCCAAGCUGGUGGAAGCCUGCAGUGACCCCUCCCUGAGCAUGGACCGCUGGCUGGGCCGGCUGGAGAGCAGCCGCUGGCUCAGCCACGUCAAGGCAGCCCUGAGCACGGCCUGCCUGGCUGCCCAGUGCAUGGACAGGGAGGAGGCCAAGGUGCUGGUGCACGGGGCGGAGGGGACGGACACGACGCUGCUGGUGACAGCGCUGGCCCAGGUGAUCCUGGACCCGUCCUGCCGCACCCUGGCGGGAUUCCAGGGGCUGCUGGAGCGGGAGUGGAUCCAGGCCGGACACCCCUUCCACCUCCGCUGCGCCCACUCCGCCUAUUCCCACGCCCGGCUGAAGCAGGAGGCACCGCUUUUCCUGCUCUUCCUCGACUGUGUGUGGCAGCUGAGCCGCCAGUUCCCCUUCUCCCUGGAAUUUGGGGAGCACCUCCUCCUCUCCCUCUUCGACAACGCCUACGCCUCGGCCUACGGCACCUUCCUCUGCAACAACGAGAAGGAGAGGAGCCUGUGCAAGGUGAAGGAGAGCACACACUCGCUCUGGGCCUGGUUGAACCAGCCCGAGGAGCAGCAGAAGCUCCUGAACCCUCUCUACUCGCACAACGCCCUGGUGAUCUGGCCCUCUGUGGAGCCCCAGAGCAUCCAGCUCUGGCAGGGUUUAUUCCUCCGUUGGAUCCGUCCAUCCCAGCACCUGGAUGAGGCCUGGGCAGAGAUCCGGCGGUUGGUUGAGGAAAACAACGCCCCUGCCAAGGAGAGCACAGGGAACAGGCUGAGCCAGUCCCUCUCUGACCCCACUGCUGGGAUGGAGAACAGGACAUGAAGGGCAGCACGGGCAGUUCAGUCCCAUGGGAUGCCAGGACAAGGCAACCCUGGAGCUUCCUGUGGGAAGUGCUGUGCUGGACACAGACCCCACGGACAGCUCUGGGAGGGAGGAACAGACCCCCUUUCCCAGCCUUUGGGCUGCCCAGACUGAGCUUGGUUUCAGUAAAGCCUCUCUCCCAGCCCA